AUGUGUUUCUGGCAGGAGCUGAAGCAGGCGCGAUGGGGAGCGGCGGGCAGCGCCGGCGCGAGCCCCGCGCCCGACGACCUCGCGCUCUACGCACGGGACAAGGACGAGCGCGCGCGCGCCAAGCUCGACAAGAGCCACUCCACGCCCGCGUACGAGUUCAGCGCCGGCGCCGCGCCCGGCGCGCCCGGCCCGCGCGGCGACACCAUCCCCGAGGCGCCCGCCACGCCCGCCGACAGCCCCACCAUACUGGUGCACUCCGCGGAGAAGGCGGACCAGAUUCUUGACUUCAAAAAGUCCAGCUCGCAGAUUGGUGAAGCGAUCCUGCAGCAACACCAUCGACGUCCGACCGACGACAAAUCUGACACACAAGAAGGUCUGACGUCGGAGAAGAUCGACGCUGUCGAGCGGGGAUUGGCUCGCAAGAGAUCGGACGUUUCGGAGUCUGGUUUCACAUUCAAAAAGCCGGAAUCGCCUGAUCCUUCUAACAAAUGGGAAAAUGAUGACUUGGCGCUCGACGUGGAAGGCACGGGUGAGAGGGACGAGUCGACCACAGAAAAGAUCUUGGAGACGAUAAACAUAGCGAUGAUGGAGCACCGGCGCCGAUCAAUCCUGGAUGGUAGGGGAAUAGAGAAUGCCAGAGCCUGUCCCGCCGCGCAGUGCGGCCGCGCGCCCGACGCGCUCCGACGCGCCCGAGCCGCCGCCGCGCCCGCCCGGCACGCUGCGAGCCCCGCCCCCGCGCCCGCCCCCGCGCCUGCGCCUGCCCCCGCGCCCGCCCGCUCGCGCGACGUGCGCGCGCUGGGCGUGCUGCGCGCGGUGCCGCGGGAGCCGCGCGAGCCCGAGCCCACCUCGCCGCUGAAGCCGCUCAAAAACCUCGACGCGGGACAGAUCUCAGUGCCUCUUCGUCACAUAACGAAGCACGACAUUCGCGUGAUCCCGAGCGAGCGGCACGAGCUGCCCGCCAUCAACAGCGAGGCGGAGUCGGCGCCGCCCGCCGCCGCGCCCGCCACCCGCCGCGCGCCCGACAUAGUGAUGGGCGCGCAUGCGACCGGGGACUCUUCACCGGCGCGUGGACUGGCACUCUCCCCCACCAGCGCCGUGAGAGGCAUCUUCCCUAAUUCCAAGUCUAGAAGUCUAAAGAAGAAAAGCUCCAUUUUGGCGAAGCGGCGCAGCGUGCCUGCGCGUGCGCUGGCGGCGCGCGGCGCGGCGGGCGGCGUGUGGCAGCGCGUGCGCGCGCGGCACGCCAUGCAGCCGCGCUGGGCGCGCCGACACCUGCUGCUCACGCAUAACCUGCUCUACGCGUAUCGCACGCCGCAGUGUUCAAAGGCGGACUGUAUGAUCUACUUGGAGGGGUUCACGGUGUGCGCGGCGGGCGAGGUGAAAUCUCGCGCGCAUGCGUUCAAGGUGUACCACACGGGCACCGCGUUCUACUUCGCGUGCGACUCGCGCGACGCCAUGCUCGCGUGGAUACAGCUCAUACACCGCGCCACGCUGCUGCCCUCGCUCGCCACGCAUAUGGACGUAUCAAAACAAUUUUCCGAAACAGAUUACUCCGAAACCGAAUCCGAUAAUGAGAGUCCCGAGAAAAGAAGUGAGAAAGAGAAAGAAAAGGAAAAGGAGAAAGAGAAGGAUAAAGAGAAAGAUAAAGAUAAGUCGAAGUUCGGCUCGCUGAAGAAGCUGACGCACCGCAUGCAACGUAGCGAGUCGCAGGAGAACGUGAGUCACGCUUCCACCAGCCUCGACAGGAAGUACCUGCGCUUCUUCUCCAGAAACAAGAGCAAGGACGACUCCAAAACCAAGAGCAAGUCGAGCGCGUCGUCUCCGGGCGCGCGCAGUGCGGCGGCGGUGGUGCUCGGCGCGGGCGGCGGCGUGUCGCCCGACGUGCUGCGCGCCUCCAACCCCAACCUCAGCGACGAGCGCCGCGCGCACGCCGCGCUCCCCGCGCACUCUGCGCACGCGCCGCUCCACGCCGCGCCCGCGCCCGCACGGCACGCACACAAGGCCGAGAACCUGAUGGGUUUGGUGACGCUGGAGCAGUUCAUGCUGAAGAAACAGGAGGAGGAGCGGCGGCAGAUGUACAGCGAGCGCGUGCUGCUCGGCGUCGAGAGGCGACUCGCCGCCGCGCUCGACGCUGUCGUGGCGGACGUGAUUUAUGGCGAGGUGGGAGGCAGAGGCGGCGUCGGCGGAGGAGGAGCCGGUGGAGGGGCUCGCGGUGCUGGGGACGGGUACGAACGCAUUGAGGUGGGUCCGCGCGAGGCGGACGCGGACGUGGACCCGUCGCGGCUCGGCUACGAGACCAUCGGAGGCGACGAGUCCCCCCCGCGCGCCGCCUCCCCCGCGCCCGCGCCCGCCCCGCCGCCGCCGCGCCCCGCGCCGCCCCGCGCGCGCCCCGCGCCGCCGCCGCUCGCGCCCGACCGCUGGCGGGACUCACUGCGCAGGAACGACAAGGUGCACAACGCGCAGGAGUCGCGCGACACACUCGCCGCACACGCGGCGCACGCGUCGCACACUACACAAGCUGCGAAUGCACCACGCGACAGUGGCCGCGGUGUGGGCGAGCCGGCGCCGGGUGGCGUGUCACGGCUGCGACUCGUAUUUGCGCAUGAACAGGCGGGGGCUCGCGCGGCGCCGUACCCGCACCUGCAGUGCCCGCCCACGUUCCAGCCCGAGACGUACUCGCUGGCGCGCCCGCCCGCGCGCCCGCACCCGCGCCCGCACCCGCACCCACACUAGCCGCGCAGCACACGACACUCGACAACCACACUAUGGAAACUAACGUACACCGGCGUUCAAAAUACUCUUAUCGAUCCAUUACAAAUGGACCAACCAGAACGAAGUUUUUUAACAAGCUCACAAAUAACAUUUUUUGUUUGGUUCAUUCUCAAAAAAAGAUCGAAGAUUAAAAUGGAGAUCGUUUAUGAAAACGGCUGAUAAUGAAACAUGUAUUCAAUUUCAUAUAAUAAAGAUGUUUCCUUUGUAAAAAUUCUAGGUUUUACAGUACUGAAGUGAUUAGUUCAAAAAGGUUUUGACCUACGCCUAGACAUCUUGAGAAUACAUAUUGGCUAACAAGCUUUCAUAUGUCGAUACUACGACAAAAUGUAGAUAAAUUUAUCUAAAGUGAAUAUAAAUUCUUGAAAAAUAAAUAUUGCCUUAUAUAGGUUGCAAUUCCAAACUUUGACUAAUGUAAAAAAAAAGUUAAAAAUACUUUUAACAAAGUUACAUAAAGUAAAUGUAGAUUCGUCGAACACAUUUUAAACUCUCAAUCGAGUUUUCUUAAAUUGGAUGGCAUUCUAUAUUAUUAAUUGGUAUGUUCGCACGUCAUUUUGCAUUCUUUCGUUUCGAAUUUUGGGAACCGUCCCCCUGGUAUUAAAUAUAUUGUUGCGAAGUAAAAGUUUUUAAUAUCAAUAGCCCGUUUAUUAGUAAUAAUAUAUUAAUUGCAUUUGACAUUUCAUGUAAUCUCUAUUCUGAUGUGGCAAAGAACUAAUAAAUGAGUAAUUAGUAGUAAAAUUCCUGGUACUAAUUUUUUAAUAUUUGUAGCGAAAAUUACUCUUAAUACAUUUAUAUGUUCACCGGUCAAUAUUUUAUUAUAGAACAAAUAUGUUAUACCGUUAAUACGAGCUAAGAUUUAUAUUUUAUGUGGUGCAUACAUAUUUUUUUUUGGGUUUUCGACAAUUGUUUAAUGUUGGCGGAGUACGGACAGACAGACAAAUUAAAAUCGGGAACUCAUAUUUAUAAAAUGAAUUAGACUAGCAAACAAGAUGUAUGGCUUCAAUUCGUUUUUUAAUGUAAUGCCAUGUCAGGUUUAAUUCCAGUGUUAAACUUCAACCAAAAUAUUACAGAGGCUCAAACUGCUUGACAACGAUUAAUUAUAUUCUGCUUUCAUUAUAAAUGAACAAUACGUUCCAUAUUGACUAGUCACAUUUAAGACUAACAUAAUUAGUACGAUUAGUCGUCAAAGAAACGACUAGUUGGUAACUAAUGUGAUUAACACAUAUGGUACUAGCCAAUGCGUCUAGGAGUUAAUUAAUACGAUUAAUAUUUCCGACUAGAUUACUAACGCGAUUAGUCGCUAUAACGCGACUAACUGAUGCGAUUAGUCGGCAACUUAUGCGACUAGUCUGACUAGCGACUAGUGCGAGUAGUGGCCGCUAACUAACGCCCAGUAUUACGUACAAUAACGUAGGUUGUAAAUGUUAUUGUUGAAUACUUACGAAUAUGAUUUAAUUUGUGGUUAUAUUUUAAGAGAUGCAGCGAUGACGUUGCAGUUUCCUAAUUGAGUAUAUUAUAUGUUACCUCCCAGCGCUGGACAAAGGCUUACACUUAUAAAUAAGCUCUAAACCAGCAAUGAUAUAGCUGGCCAAUGCACGUUGAUCUGACGUCAGAGCAACAAACGAAUGCUGUGUGGGACAUAAGCUUGGUCUUCGAUGAUUUUGGGAGGACUUCCAUUUUAGGUACUAAUAAUUAUAAUUGUUUCUUAAUAUAAUGUCGCGCUCAUCGCUGCAGCUGUACAUUUAUGGUAUAUUUUAUAAAAAUAUAUUUUUUCUUAUACAUAUGUUUUAACUCUGUACGUUAAAGCGAAACUAUCGACUCUGUAAUGAAAUUAUAUAUUUUUUAUUUUUUUACUACGAUUGUGUAUAUUGUAUUGCGCUCAGUGAUUUUAUUAUAUUUUUAAAUAUUAGUAUAUAAGAAGAAUGUAUGAGAGACUGAAUUAUUGUAUUUUGUGGUCCGUGUUUCUUGAAGGGACGAGGUUUUAUUAAUAAUAAUAUCCGAGGAUUUCUUUUUCUUACUAUUCAGUGCUUUUUAUAUUUUACUAUCAUAUAACGUCCCAUUCUGGUAAAGUUAAUACAAUAGAGUACUCCCUGUUCGCUGAGAAUUGGGGAAAUAAAAUGGAAUAGGGAACCGGCCUGUGUUUGAUUUUGUACAUUAUUCUAUAUAUAGUGGUUAAUAAUACGAAAAAGAAACCCUCCCGCGAAAACUGCAUUAAAAUUGGUUAAAAAAUGAGCCAGUAAUUCAUAUUUCAAAUAUUACUAUGUGCCGAAGUGGGCGCGAAGUGGGGAUAUCGCUUCAUCCCUUUCUUUCGCACACAUCGUAAUGCCCGAUGACGUCACACGUGGGUAUUGCACCUCUUUUCUGUUUCUUGUUACUUACCCCUUCUACCGAAAUUAAAAGACUUAUAACUUGUUGAUUUUUUACCGGAUUUAAAUAAUUCUUUCUGUGUUCUAAUUUAUAUAACGUAAAUAUUUGAUAAUAAUAAAGAACAAAAAUGAGCCCGGUCCCCUAUUGGCCGAUUACUAUGAUCGAAUAUUUGAUGUUUAAUGAUUUACCCACCCCAUUGGCACUGUUGCAAUGUUCUUUAUAUUAAUAUUAUAUCACCCUGUACAUGUUGACUGCUAUUUUGUGUGCCGAAAAUAGGUCUAUAAACUUAACUGACGCAGCUAAUACCCAUGAGCACAACAUGCUAUUUGACUCAUCUGGCCUGGAAUUAGUCACUGUAUGUCGCGUUUGUCAAGUUUAGGUGAUGUAGAUGGGUCAGAGACUGCCUUCAGGCCGGUUAUGGUAAAUUUCAUGUCUUUUAAUUGUGGUCAAAUUAUUUUAUUUAAAAGUUAUUUUUUUUUAUUUGCAUUUAUUUAAACAUGAAGGGUAAACAUUUAAAAUCAUGAAACCCGCCAUCAUUCAGCUCAAUAACGAGGGCCUACAUAAUCUUUGCGACGUUCAAGAUGUACAUCGUCUCAGCGUUAGAUAAACGGACUAUACCUACUUAAAAUCAAAUUUUUAUAUAUAAAUGAUACAAAAACUAUUUACUUAACGUUCUACUUAUGGUUAUGUAUAAGAGUGUUAUAUUGUGGCUGUGUUGGCCUAACGCGGACCCUUCCAUACUUUACUAUGUUAUGGUAGAAUAAUGUCCAUGUAUGAAUAUAUGCUCAGAGAAUUAUCGCUUUAUUUUAAUGUAGGAUAUAUUGUGCGUUCAAAAACAACUAAAUUAUUAAUACUGUGUUGCUAUCACGUUUUAUAUAAUUUUAUUGUUAAUUUACUCCUGUGAAGUGACACGUGCAAGGAGAUAGUGUGUGUACAUGUUUGUACAAUACAUAUUCUAUAUAGCUUAAUGUCGCUCAAUAUAAGGCAUCAUUCAUAAAUUACGUCAUACGUUAAUGGUGGCGGGCAGGGGGGGGGGGGGUAACAAAGGGUGACAUAUGACAAGAAAACGUCAUGAAAUACGAGUGACGUCAUUUAUGGAUGCCCCUUAAUAAACGACAACACUUAAUCAGUGUUCCUAUCUCCGAGACGGAUUCCCGCAUACUAGAACUCUACGAAAUUUAAGUAGUUAUAUCGUGACAUUUGUACUCGCCACUUUGCGAUGUAAAUUCACCUUUAGCCAAAGUUGGUCUUCCGUUAUUUCUUCCAUUGAAUAACCACAGUGAAUACUUUAACGAAAUGUGAAUUACCAUUUACAUAAUGUAUCUAUAUAGGUGUCCUAAAUGUAUAAAAAUACUAUUAAAAUAAAAGUUCAGAUUGAUAUUAUUUACUAUAGAUUUGUGACGCUGAAGUAAUCGAUGUAACAUUUGUUCAAGUACAGUUAAUGUCAUAAAGAUUCAUACAGUUUGCCGUCGAGUGUGGGACCAAUACAUGUCGGUUUUGAACCUGUUUCACGACUUUUGAGUGGAUACUAAGGAUCAAAUAUAAAAUGUCCAAAUAUAAGUCACUAUCCUACUUCCCAAUUAAAUGGUAAUUAAAUGAGUACUACCUACACUAACUGACUCAUCACGUUCGCUCACUGUAAAAAGAGCGUGUAAGAGAGUAAAAAAGUUACUCACUCGAGUAACAUGUUGGUACGAUGUGACUAAAACUUGUAUUACGCCUUCUCGUACAGUCGCCCUGUAGGUGCCUUCGACGGCAAACUAUAUGAAUGUUAUUGCUAAUACUUAUAGAAUAAUUGUGUGUUGAAUGGUAAAUGGUCCCUAAGAGAAGUCAUCGCCGUGCGACGCGAUGGUACCUUCAGUUCCGAUGUACGAGUGUGUAUACGCGCGUCGACACGCGCCUGUUUAUCUAUAUAAUACAUUUUAUACAAAACGAG